AUGGCAGCCCAUCCCCUCCCAGAAGCGGAGCUGUCUGUGCAUGAUGAAAUUGGUGAUUAUAGGAGGGAUCUAGAAGCACAUCCACCACAGCUACCUAGUCCUACAGACAAAAUACCGUGGAUCGUACGCCACCUAUCUGAAGACGUCAAAGCGAAACAUGCAGAUCUAAUAUUCCUCUUCUGUUACUUCUUGUCGGGUCUCUGUGACAGCACUGCCUACAGAGCCUGGGGAUGCUUUGUUAGCAUGCAAACGGGUAAUACCAUAUUUCUUGGACUGGGGACAUCCAACACCCUCGAGCAAACAACGUACGAUUGGCUCAAGUCCCUUGUUUCGAUUCUGUCUUUUCUCGCUGGGAGUUCAGCCUACUCAAAGACUAGAUAUUUCCGACCUCAAAGCCGGAGUGCCUUGGUCGGCAAUUUCGGUUCCCAAUGCCUCAUUCUCAUUACAGCCGCAUCCAUGCUCCAAUUGGGUGUUAUUGAAGACUCUAACAAGGAAAAGGGUGUGCACACUCUGCUAAAACUUAUACCGUUGGCACUAGUCGCUUUCCAAUGUGCUGGUCAAAUGGCGGCAAGUCGUCUACUCGAGUUCCCCGAGCUUCCAACAACCAUGUUGACAAGCCUAUAUUAUGACCUGGUUGCCGAUCCCGGCAUUUUUCGACCAUUAGGCAAAAACACGAUGCGUAACAGGCGCGUUACUGCUAUUAUCGGUGUCAUUGGAGGUGCGACUAUUGGCGGCUGGCUGUUUACAAGCACGGGUCGAGUCUCGACCGCGUUGUGGGUGGCGGCGGCAUCAAAACUUGUCAUCUCUGCUAUUUGGUUCUUCUGGAAACAAGAGAACAGGAACAGUAAUAAGCCGCACACUGCGGCGGAUCCUGUCACCUGA